GGGAUACCCUUAAUUCCGAAUUAUUGAUUUUGAUUAUACAGUGGGCAUUGGGCACUUUUAAAUUUUACGCUGAAUCUGUCUGAUCUCUUGGAUAUACGCAAUUUCUCUGUUUUCCCAUUGGUUGAAUGUAAAAUUCUCUGGCUUCUGAUUGGCUGUUAGUUUUUCAAAGAUGACUCUUUAUACUGGAUAUCGAAUAAAAAGUAUAUAAAUCUGUAGAUAAACAUAAAAUCGAAAUCGAGCGAGUAUAGGCUAAUUUUUUUUUUGCAACCUAGUGUGAGCACUGAGCAAUGAUCUUGAUGUCCACAAUACAGGAGUUACCAUCUCUGAAAUAAUACACCCCUCCCACUUCUUAUUAUGAACUUUCUGUUAAGGCGCCCCUGCAGAUGUACAUGACCAGCUUUAAAGGAAAAGUCGAAGAAGAAAUGAACAAGCACAAUGGAUACAAACAGUGGGAUAUGCAUUUUAAACAUGAAUGUUUUAGUGAAAUUUUACCCUUGGAAUCCUUGGUGUAUCUAAGUGGAGAUUCUAACAACAGUAUAAAUACGCUAGAGCAGGGGAAAAAUUAUGUCAUAGGAGGAUUAGUAGAUCAUAACAAUCACAAGGGGAUUUGUUUGAGAAAAGCUGAGGAGCUAGGAAUACAGCAUGGAAGGUAGGGACGGGUAAAUAUUUUAGAUGCUCG